AUGUCGCUCAUUGCCGAUGAUAUCUGUCUCACUAGGCUUUGGGAGAACGCCCAGAAACCUGGCGAUGAAAGAGCAGUGGUUAGGCUUUGGGGUCAUCUGUUGAUAAAACAUCUCUUCCCUGGAAAGGAUUGGGUUGUCUUCUACAAACCCCCGCCAGAGGAUUGUCCCCGUCAACGCCUGGACAUUACCAUAGAACAUUAUAAUAUACGGGAUGACAGUGUCGAUGUCGAUGUCGAUGUCGAUAGGAUGGCAUUUUGCGUUUAUGAACCUGUGGCGGUUGAUCCCAGUCUUCAGUAUCUUGAUGGGCUUACGAGACAUGCAUUCGCAGUCUGUAUGGCCUAUCUUCUUGGGCACCCUAAUUUGUCAAAGGUGUACGCGUUCACGGCAUUCGGUACUAAGUUUAGAGUAUGGUCGUACUCAAGGGAAGAUGAGUUCCUGGUGCCGCUGUUUGGUUCAGUGGAUGGUUCUGAUUCUCGAGAUUACGUUAAUAUUCACUCGCCUGAGGCUUCCCGGAUCAAUGGAGUUGUCCAGUUGAUGAAGAAUGAAUGCGGGACCCAUGAUUGA